AUGAGGAAUAAGGAAAGGAAGGGUCUAAGUAAGGAAGGGUCUAAGGAAAGAAGGAAUAAGAAGGAAAGAAGGAAAGAAAGAAAAGGAGGAAAAGAAGGAAAGAAAGAACGGAAAAGAAAGGAUGAAAGAAGGAAGGGUGAUGAAGACUGCACCAUCAAGGAUAAACCCUUAUGUGAUCGUGUAAAAUGUGUAACGACUAACUGGUUCAAAGACAGAAUAACUUCAGGCAAGCAACCGCAAACCUGGUGUACAUUCUGGAAUACGGACGUCAAGAAUAAAUUGAAUGAACUGUCUAUGGCUAUGACCAAUACAAAUACAGGAGAGGAGGGUAUAUGCAAAGACAUUGUACAGGAGAAAGGUGAUUCACCGCAUAAGGAAGCAAACAGAAAAGCUUGUGAAUACAUUACUAAAGGUUUAAAGUAUAUAUACGGCAUUCGUGAAGAUCGGAAUACUAAUUUCGCAAACCAGAAGAAAAAUAACCGAAUAUUUGGACAAACCAUGGGAUGCCUCUUACUGAAUAUUUAUGCAGAUCAAUUGAAAGAAAAAUCGAAGGGGCAACAAUGUGAAAUUACAGAGCAAAGAAUAAAGGAAAUGUUUAAUAAAGGAAAUGGGAAGAAGAAUGAUUGGUGUGUGGGAAAUAAUAAUGGUGAGGGUAAUUGUGUUGAAUGUACCAGGCAAGAAAAGCUAACUUGCACAUUAGACGUGGAGGAAAAACUGUUCAAUGAAAAAGAAAGCAAGAAUUGCAUGGAACACAACAAAAAUAUAGAGAAGAAAGUGGAAGAAUUACUUGGGAAAGAUAGCAGGGUACAAAGAACUCUGAAAAGCAUAUGUAAGCGAAAUAUUUUUUUUCUCGAACCUACCAUCACUGAACCGGACAUAACAAUAUUUGCCCGAACGUACGAUAAUGAAAGAACCUAUAACCAUACGUGUACAUUCUGGGAUACAGACGCCGCAAGUAGACUGAAGGAGCUGUCUGAAGGAAUAACGAAAGAGAAAGAAGAUUCAGACAUCGGUUCUGUGUGUGGGAACACUAAUGGAAGGAAUACUAUAAUAACGGACACAGAAAAGAAGGCUUGUGGGUUCAUUAAUGCUGGGUUAAAGUACAUUUAUGGCCGAACGGAAAGUACGGGGGUACCAAACAAGAAGAAAGCAAGGAAUAAUAGACUAACAGAACAAACCAUGGGCUGUCUAUUCCUAAACGCUUAUGCAGACAAAUUGAUAAAGGAGCUUAAACGCCCCUGUUACAUUACAGAAAAAGAAAUAAAAGAUAUGUUUGAUAAAGGAAAUAUGAAGAUGGAUGAGUGGUGUUUCGAAAAGAAUAAUGGUAAUGGUGAUUGUAUAAAGUGUGAAAGAGACCCAAACUAUAAAAAUUGCACACUAAAAGUGAAUGAUGACCUACGGAGAACAGAUAAUAGUUGCUAUAAGGACAAUGAUAAAGUAGAAAAUGAAGUGGAGAAAGUGUUCACAGAGGGGCAAAAACACAAAGAAAAGGGGCCGAAAAUAAAGGAAGCUCUGGAUGCUUUAACUAAUAUAAAUAAUAAUAAUGUCCCCUUAUGUAAUCGUGUAAAAUGUAUCUACUAUAGGUGGGGAGAAAACCGAAAAGACAAUCAAGGGUACAUUCCAUGGAACGAAUUCUGGGAGCCCGAUGUCAGGAAUAGACUGAAGUACUUGUCUAAUGCUAUGACGAAAACGAAUGGAACUCACGAAAGUUUAUGUAAAAAUAUUCAAGAUGGGAAAAGUGGCCCAACUUCAGAAGAAGGAAAAAAGGCUUGUGAACUCAUUGUUAAGGGCUUAGAGCAUAUAUAUAAAAUUCCAAUGGGGACUGACGGCCAGAAUCAACAGAAGAAAGACGAUAACCUCAUAUUCCACCGAACUUUCUCUUGUAUGUUAUUGAAUAUAUUCGCUGAUGAGAUGAAACAGAAAUGUCCAACCAAGCAGGAAGAGAUAGAAAAAGGCAUAAACCAUGCCUUUGAUGAAAGUGCAAAAAUUAAAGAAAAAAUACUUCCAUGCAAAGAGGAAGGUGAUAUGUGUCCAUUGUGCAGCAGGGAUAAGGGCUAUGAUAAGUGCAAAAUACAGAAAUCAGACGGGGAUACAAUAAAAAAAAGAUUCGACGAUAUGCUCGACCCAAAGACGAACAAGGAUUCUGAAGUGAAACAAGCUCUGAAUACAAUAUAUAAUAUAUGUCCGAAGGAUACGAAAGCAUCCUCAGCAAGUAGUUCAGUGGCCAGAAGUGAUGACCUCCCUGAACCAGUACCAGGACCAGUACCAUCACCAACACCAGAACCACCUCAAAACCAUCCAGCAGCUGCUGCAGCGGAACCAACGAAGUCAGCACCAGCACCUAAGAAGGAGGAAGAAGCGUCAGGUAAGGUUUCAGAGAACAGUCCUACAGGUGACCAAGUAUUUUACCCUCGACGAAGUCCUAGAAGAGAGGAACACUUAUCCUCUCCCCCCUUGGGAGAACAACUCCUUGAUCAUGUGGGCGAUCAGGAUGGUCCACAUGAAUAUACUUUAGUAAAGGAGCGAAAACCAAGGUCUGUUCCAACAAAAACGAAGAGGCCAAAAAAACAAGGCGUUGGUCGCCGUGUGGGUCGACGCACCAUUAUUGAUAUCCAUUUUGAAGUUUUAGACGAAUGUCAAAAGGGGGACACACAAUUGGCACAGAGGGACUUUUUUGAAAUUUUGGUUGAACAGUUUAUGGGAUCAAAUUUUAUGGAGGAAGAAAAGACUUCUAAGGAACAAAUUCUUAGGGUUGAUAUUCCUAGGGAAAAUGUUCCUAUGGAACAGGUUCGAGGUUUAGGUUUAGGGAGAAAGACUUUUGUUCGAAAGGAAGCUGUUCCAAAGGAACAGGUUCAAUGUUCAGAUUCCGGGUUUAGAAUAUGGGGUAAAAUGCAAGAUAUAUGGAAAGGGCUUAUGGGUAAAUUAACGAAGCCGUUAGAUGAUAAAAUUAAACUUUUGUGUGUUGAGAACCUUGGUGCUGAUUUCGGAGUUAAAAUUAAUCAAGAGGAAAAAGCAUUGUGUAAAUCCUUCUUUAAACUUUAUUAUCAUAUGAAUGGUAUACCAAUAGAUGGAACAGAACAGGAAAAAAUUGGGGACGCUGGCAUGGAAGAAAAUUACCUAAGGUGUGUAGUAGGAAUGGCCACCUUACAUCAAUUAUUUGGUGAACACAAAUGUUUUCGAAAGUACACAGAUUAUGUAUCACGUGUUAUGUCAGGAAUAAGGACCAUAGACAACGUUGAUGACUAUGGUACACUAUGCAGAAGGAUGAAUUUUGGUGAAAUGAAAAUAGGAACAAAACUGUAUUUUAGCCUCGGUAAGCGAAGACGACGUCAUAGAAGAGAGAAACGCUUAACCUCUCCCCCCUUAGGAGAACAACUCCUUGCUCAUGUGGACGACCAGGAUGAUGGUCCACUUGCAUAUACCUUAGUAAAAAAACGUAGACAACCUAGAUCUGUUCCAACGAGAAUGAAAAGACCAAAAGAAAAAGGUGUAGGUCGCCGCACGAUUAUUGAUAUCCAUUUAGAAGUCUUAGACGAAUGCCAAAGGGGGGACCUGCAUUCGACGGAGGACUUUUUUGAAAUUUUGGUUCAAGAAUUUAUGGGAAACGCAUUUAUAAACGAAGAACAGGCCCCUAAGGAAGAUGUUCCUAAGGAACAAGUUCAGGAUUCGUGUUUAGGUUCAGAUUCCGGAUUUAGGGUUCAUGUUCCUAAGGAAAAGGAUGUUCAAAGUUCGGGUUCUGGGUUUAGGGAAAAAGAAUUUCUUCCUAAGGAAAAGAUACUUAUGGAAGAAAUUCCUAAGGAACAAUUUUCUAUGCAUAAAAUAUGGGAUGACCUGAAGGAAAUAUUCGACGACAUGGUUGGUACUCUCUGGUUAGGCAGUGAUAUAAUCGAUGGACUCUGUACAGGUAGAGUAACUGAGGAAAAUAAAAAUUGGACGAAUGAAGACAAGGAACUGUGCAAAAUCAGUGUGAAAAUACUAUUAUAUAUAGAUGGAAUAAAAAUAGGUAUAUACUCAAAUAUAGUGGCUAUAAAGGGUGAAGAAAAUAACAGAGCAGUGGAGUCCUAUUUGAGGUGUAUAGUUGGAAGAACACUUUUAAUAAAAUGGUUUGGAGGUCAUUGCAGUAGAAUGAAAGUUGCGGAAACUGUUCUGAAAGCUGUAGAAGGGUGGACCGGGUUCAGUACGGUCCAAGGAAUCCAUGAGAAAUGUGAAGGAUUAGAUUUUAAGAAUUUGAACAUUGGAGGUAGAUACAUUUGGCCCCAAAUGGAAGAAUGGGGCACGAAAACGGGUGGGAAAUGGCAAGUGACGAGGGGUGUGCAAAAAAUGAACACAGUAAAGAAGGAAGGAGAAAACUGUGGCACACCGAAGAAGGGGCGGAAGGCAGAACCCUCGCACACAACCGAGGAUGAGGAUAAUUUGAAGAAAGUAUUUGGCGUAAAUAGUAAGGAUGAGUUAGACCGAUUAGUUCAGGAUAAAGAUAAAUGGGAUAAGGAGGACUUGGAGGCAAUGAUUCCCACCAUUUGUAUGUACUCACUUAAUAAUGUAUAUUGGGGUGAUGUGGAAAAGAGAUUGGGACAACUCUCUGAGACUAUGACGAAGAAUGGAAAAACCGACCUUGAUCUAUGCAAAACCAUUACAGUGACAGAUGGUUCAUCUGUAGAAGCAAACAGAAAAGCAUGUAAUUACAUUGUUAGUGGAUUAAAACAUAUUUAUGAAAUUAAAAAGGGGAGCCCCCCAUCUCCGCAAAAUGCUGUGGACAACCAAAUAUUCGAGCGAACUUUCUCUUGCGUCUUAUUAAACGCAUACGCAGAUAAAUUGGAAAACGACCUUAAAUCUACGUGUCCUUUGGAGGCCGGCAUUAACAAAUCUUUUGGGGCAAGUGCAAAAAUUAAGGAGAAAAUAACUGAGUGUAAGGAUGAUCCUAAUUGUUUACUGUGUGGAAGGGAUGAAACUUAUAAAGGUUGUACAGUAGGCACAGGCAGAGAUCAUACCAAUGUAAAAGAAAAAGUGGAUAAAAUGCUGGAGCAGGAUCAACAAAUAAAGAAAACUCUGUCUACUAUAACUACUUUAUGUAAGAAGAAUGUAAAAACCAGCAUUUAUCCCUAA